CGGCCACGCCUGUUCUCCCACUCCGGGCAUUCCGUCAUUCAAGUUUUCUUUUUGAAGAAGACAUUCGCCCGGCUUGGUUUCACCUAAAAAUCAAGCUAUGGGGGCGUACAAAUAUAUGCAAGAGCUGUUCCGCAAGAAGCAGAGCGAUGUGAUGCGUUUCUUGCUUCGCAUCAGGUGUUGGCAGUACCGCCAGCUCACAAAAAUGCACCGUGCGCCACGGCCAACUCGUCCAGACAAGGCCCGCAGAUUGGGAUACAAGGCAAAGCAAGGUUUUGCUAUCUUCCGAAUCCGCAUUCGCCGUGGUGGCCGCAAGCGUCCCGUUCCCAAGGGAUGCACCUAUGGCAAGCCCAAGAGCCAUGGUGUCAACCAGCUGAAGCCCACCCGUAACCUCCAAGCCAUGGCAGAGGAGCGUUGUGGUCGCAGGUGUGGAGGUCUCAGAGUGCUGAACUCUUACUGGGUUGCUCAGGACUCUACCUACAAAUACUUUGAGGUCAUCCUCAUUGACCCCAGCCACAAGGCCAUCAGGAGAGAUGCCAAGGUCAACUGGAUUUGUGGAGCUGUGCACAAGCACAGAGAAAUGCGCGGCAAGACGAGCGCUGGACGCAAGUCCAGAGGACUAGGCAAGGGACAUCGCUACACUCAAACCAUUGGAGGGUCCAGACGCGCUUGCUGGCUGCGCCGCAACUCUCUGCAACUCCGUCGCAAGCGAUAAACACAACAUGUUGCGAUUUCCAAUUUAUUAUAAUAAAUUUCGUCAGUGUAACCACAA